UACACGCAUGUAUAGAUUCACAUACAUCCAAAAACAUCGUAGUAGUAGUAGUAGUAGCAGCAGCAGCAGCAGCAGCAGCAGCAGCAGCAGCAGCAGCAAUAGUAGCAGCAGUUGUAGUAGUAGAAUUUUUAAAAAAUGUACAAUUCUAUCACAAAUCAAUCAAGUAAUUAUGUCACGGGUCAGGCAAACAAUUUUUUUACACCAUUUCCCAGAUGUAACGAAUUAAGUUGCCAAACUCCAGAGAUAAAAAACCAGAAAGACAUCACAUUCUCUUGUAAUUAACCCCGGGUCAUGUAUGACCCGCCUAUAAACGACAUGAAUAUUCAUCAACAAAGUGACGAGAGUAUGCUUCCCAGUGACGAGUUGAAAGACGAUAAUUCAGCAGGCGUUGUCAUCUCUGCAGGCAUCAACCUGUAUAAAGGGAGCCAAUUAUCAGAGGAGAGUAUGACGGAUACAGACACGUAUGAAAAUGUAGAACCAGUAAAAAAGAAUGAUUCAACACCUGUUGAGACAGAUGCUGAGAAAACCACAAUGGGUGAAUCUGUAAAGAAGAGUGAGUCAUUUUUACAGAAACUCAAUAAUAUACCAAGCCUGUUGAAGAAGAAAAAGUCAGAGGCAAAAGAUGAGCCGCAAAGUUUCCAGAUUCCAGCGAGUGGUAACAUUAUUGAAUUCAACGUCGAAGAGAUGUGCCAGUUUUUCUCCUGCUUCAACGUGAGCCAAAAUUUGUUAGAAACUCUCCGUAAAAGGAAGGUAAACGGGGAACGCUUUUCAAGAAUCACAGAUACAGAAUUGAGCAAUAUGAGACUCAACAAUGCCGUAAUUUGCUAUUUUAGGAGUAAAUGUAAAAAGAAUGCGAAUAACUUCAUGCUAUAAAUUUUAAUUUCUCCAAA